GCGGCCGCCUCUCCCUUCCCUCCCCCGCUCGCCAAGGCGCCUCCCGCCCGGCCACAGCCCCGGCCCCGGCCCCGGCCCUGCGCACAGCGGCGGGCUCGCCGGCAGCGCGCACGGAGAGCCAUGGCGCGGUCCCGCGGCGAUGUCCGCUUCUUCCUCCUCCUCCUCCUCCUCUGCAGCUCCGCGGCUGCGGGACCUACGUUCCUUGUGGCAGCUCCCUGGAACAUCAGGCCUGGAGCAAACUUGACUGUUGGGGUAGCUCUGCUGCCGGACAGCCCAGCACAGGUCGCCGUAAAGGGGGAAGUGAUCAGAGAUAACGAGACUGUCUUGAGCAGGGAAAUGGUCUUUGAGAAAGGUACCUUUGGGACUCUUGUUCUUCCAGUACUGCCUCUGAACAGUGCUCCUGGGAAUUAUGAAUUACUGGUGGAGGGCCAUGCUAAAGGCCAGCGCAUCUUCUCUAACCGCACCAGCCUGAUGUACACGUCAAAAAGCACCUCUGUGUUCAUCCAGACUGAUAAAUCCAUGUACAAACCAGGACAAGAUGUGCUCUUCCGCAUUGUCACUGUCCAUCCUGAUCUCAAACCUUACAAAGUGUCUCUGAAUAUAUAUAUCCGAGAUCCUCGGAAGAAAUUGAUUCAGCAGUGGUUGAUGGAGGAGGGUGAUUUGGGUGUAGUUUCCAAAAAGUUUCAGUUAUCAAUGAACCCUCCACUAGGAGACUGGUCCAUAGAGGUGGAAGUGAACGGUCAAGUUCAUUAUCAGAGAUUUAAAGUGAUGGAAUAUGUUUUACCAAAAUUUGAUGUCAUGAUAACAACACCCUUAUACUACUCUUUGAGAGAUGAAGAUGUAGCUGGUGUUGUCUCUGCCAAGUACACCUAUGGAAAGCCAGUGAAGGGAACUGUAACAGUCACUUGCCUUUCUGUUUCUUACUGGACAAACAAGAGAAAUAUAACAACAACAAUGGAGAUAAAUGGGUCUGUGAAUGUGACCUGUAACAAGCUUAUGUUGCAAAACUUGAAUGCUGAGCAGCCGUGGCAGCAAGGGGACGGCGAGUUCACGGAGCCGAUCGAAGUGAUCGCGGUGGUGACGGAGGCGCUCACGGGAAUCUCCCAAAAUUCAAGUACCAUCAUAUUUCCAAAGCAAAGUGACUAUUUUAUUGAAUUUCUGGACUACACUAGAGUUAUAAAGCCUUCUCUGAACUUCAUAGCUACUCUAAAGGUGUCACGCUCUGAUAGCAGCCAGCUGACAGCUGAAGAGAGGCAUAAUCUUGUAACAAUCACUGCACAACAGUCAGACCUGCUUUUCCAUCACUCUUCACUUUCUCACCUGGAAAAUGAGGCAACAGAGGAGAGAAAUCUGACAGUCCAUGUCCUGAACUACACAGUUCCAGAAAAUGGAGUAAUUGAUGUUGAGUUUCCAAUCCUGUCUGAUACAAAAACUCUGAGAGUUCAGGCGGAGUUCCUCAGCAGUAAGACUGACAUAGGUGUUUAUGAUGUGUUCAGCUCCCCCAGUCAGACUUAUCUCCAGCUUAAAACAAAGAGCCAGGAUAUAAAGGCUGGGAAGCCUUUUGAGCUGAGCAUUGCAAGCAACAAGCCAGUGAGAGAGUAUCACUAUCUGGUAUUAUCUAAGGAACAAAUUAUGGAUUCUGGCACAAAGUCUACUAGGACAUUCACUUUAACAGCAGAUAAUUCCUGGGCUCCUUUGGUAUCUAUACUUGUAUUCUAUGUAGAUGAGCUUGGAGUGGUUGUAAAUGAUGCUCUCACUGUCCCCAUCCAGCCUGCUUUGGAUGACAAGAUUAAAAUCUCUUGGAGCAAAGAUAAAGCCAAGCCAUCUGAGAAAGUCUCCCUUAAAAUCAAUACAACAGAGCCAGGAUCAGUAAUUGGACUUUCAGUUGUUGAUAAAAGUGCAAAGCUUCUGGGAGAAAGUAGUGACAUAACAGAAGAAUCUAUCCUCCAUGAGCUCAAUUUAUACAGCACUGUGCAGUAUUUCCCCCUGGUCAGAGGUUCUUAUGGUGUAUUUCAGAAAUGCAGCCUUUGGGUAUCAACUGAUGCAGUUCUUGAGGAGGAUAAGGAACAUUUUCUUUAUGGUGGAAUGAUACCUAUAGAAGAUGGUUUUGGUGAGGAUAUGCCAGUAUCUAAAAAUGGACCUCCUGAUUUCAACAAUCUCUAUGUGAGGACGCAUUUUCCUGAGACUUGGCUUUGGGUCGACACUGACAUGAGAUCUGAGACAGAAACCACGAUGGAUGCCCUUGUACCUGACACCAUCACAUCCUGGGUAGCCAGUGCUUUCGUGAUCUCUGAGAACGGCGGGCUCGGAGUGACCACGGCUCCGGUGGAGCUAGAAGUUUUUCAGCCUUUUUUCAUUUUCCUGAACCUUCCAUACUCCGUCAUCAGAGGAGAGCAGUUCAUUUUGGAAGUGAACAUCUUUAAUUAUUUGAAAGAAGAAGCUGAGGUUACUGUGAUCCUGGAUAUGAAUGAUGCUUUUGAAAUUACUCUAACAUCCAAUGAAAUAAAUGCUACAGCAAAUCAACAAUCUAUAUCUGUACCAAGUGAAGAUGGGAAAACUGUUCAAUUCCCAAUCAAGCCAAAACAGCUGGGAGAGAUUCCCAUCAAAGUGACAGCAGUAUCAUCUGCUGCUUCUGAUGCUGUUAUCCAGAAAGUUUUAGUAAAGGCUGAAGGAUUGGAACAGACAUAUUCUGAGACAGUCCUUUUGGAUUUGGUUGGGAACAAACGACAAGCAGUGUCUAAAACUUUGGAAUUCACUUUUCCUUCUGAUGUUGUAAGUGACAGUGAGAGAGUGCAGGUCACUGCUGUUGGUGAUUUACUUGGACCUUCUAUCAAUGGUUUGUCAUCAUUGAUUAAGAUGCCUUAUGGCUGUGGUGAACAGAACAUGAUCAAUUUUGCUCCAAAUGUUUAUGUUUUGCAAUACUUGAUUAAAACCAGGCAGCUGAGAGAGGAUAUCAGAUCAAAAGCAGUAUCAUUUAUGAGAAAAGGCUACCAAAGAGAGCUGCUUUUCCAGAGGGAUGAUGGCUCUUUUAGUGCCUUUGGAAAUGAGGAUCCCUCUGGGAGCACAUGGCUAUCAGCUUUUGUGUUGAGAUGUUUCCUUCAAGCUCGCCCGUUCAUAGAUAUUGACGAAGAUGUACUCAUGGAUACAGCUAAAUGGAUUGUCCGUCACCAGAAAUUAAAUGGAGAGUUCCAGGAGCCUGGGAAGGUGUUAAGCAGUGAUCUUCAAGGAGGCAUCAACAAUCCAGUUACUCUCACAGCUUACAUCAUGUCAUCCCUCCUAGGGUUCCCAGAUAAACAGCAUUCUUAUGCCAUCAAGACUGCUACAAACUUUCUAGAGGAUAAAUUAGAAGAAGGCAUUUCAGAUAAUUACACAUUGGCACUUGUGGCAUAUGCAUUGUCCUGGGCAAAAAGUACAAGAGCGAAGGAAGCACUGAAUGUGCUGAACCAGAGAGCAGAACGCCAAGGAGAAUUUCGUUUUUGGGUAACACCUGCUUCUGAAAUUUCUGACUCCUGGCAGCCACGGUCCAUUGAUAUUGAACUUGCAGCGUAUGCUCUGCUCUCUCACUUUCAUCAAGACAGAUUAGCUGAGGGGAUCCCUAUUAUGAAAUGGUUAAGUCAUCAAAGAAAUCACCUUGGGGGAUUUUCAUCUACUCAGGACACAGUGGUGGCUCUACAAGCCUUGAGUCUGUUUGCAGCUCUCACUGCAGGAAGCAAAACAGAAAUGGAUAUAACAGUGACAGCCCCUUCUUUGGAAAUGCCAGAAAUAUUUUCAAUUGACACUCGAAACCGUUUCCUGCUUCAGGCUAAGGAGAUUCCCCCUGCACAACAAAUGGCAAUUACAGUGUCAGCGGAGGGAAUGGGAUUUGCUGUCUUUCAGCUCAAUGUUAUGUACAACACAAAACACACCGACCAGAGGCUCAGAUCUGUCCAAAAUCGAGAAGCCUUUGACUUGAAUGUUGAUGUAAAAGAUGAUAAAGAUGAUAAAAACCACUUGACUUUGAAUGUGUGCACAAGGUACUUUGGCUCUGGCACAGCUCCCAGUAGUGGUAUGGUCCUCAUGGAGGUUGGCUUACUCAGUGGUUUCUCAGUGCCACCAGAUUUUGUUCCAUUAGGCAACACAGUUAAGAAGACAGAAAAAGACAAUGGAAAAGUCAACCUAUACUUAGACUCUCUAAAUGAAACUCAGGUUUGUGUGGAUAUUCCAGCUGUGAGAGACUUCAAGGUGGCAAAUAUCCAAGAUGCUUCAGUGACUGUAGUGGAUUACUAUGAACCUAGGAGAAGAGCAGUGAGAAGCUAUAAUUCAGAAGUAAUGCAAAGUGUAACCUCUUGUGACUUCUGUGAAAGUGAUUGCAGCCUUUGCCACCGAGAUGGUUCUGCAGCCUUGCUUCAGCACUCGUCCCUGGCCUCCCUGUUCUGUGUGCUCUUUGUCCUUCAUGCAAACUUGCUGUGCAGUUGGGUGCUGUAAAGGGAAACAGAUUAUGUUUCACAUCUAAGGUUUCCAUAAAUUAUCCAAAGAAAAUUUUAUGUUCAGAUACCAGCCCGUCUUUAGUGAUUACCAUGACCAAACUCCUGCUGUGUUCAGGGAGAGCUGGGCUGGCCCAUAUGGUAAAUUUCUGGCUGUGCCAGAAAACUUCUACAAGUGUCUGCUGGAAAAGCUUUCCAAGUGUUAGUUUCAUACUGAAUUUAUUUUCUGAAGAAGCACAGAGUUACUGAGAAAGCAGUGUGAUAAAAAGUAAACUUAGCUCCAGAUUCCCACUUUGUUUUUACCCCAGCUUCCAGCUGUGCUCGUUUUUUAGGGAUGCAUGUUAGUUUACCAUGCUUCUCCAAAACACUAUCUGCUUCUCCAUUAGAGUGUUGAUAAGAAUGAUAGGAGCUUGGUAUCAGAGCUCACUAUGUUCUGUUCUGAAGAUGUGACACUCAACAUUAAUACUGAAUUUCUCUUUGUGCUCUCAUGGGGAGUAAUAUGAAAAAAAAAAAAAGAAGGAGCUGGCUUCAGAGCAGAUCCAAGAGCCAAAAAGUACUGCAUUUACAAACUGCUGAAUGCUCCAGAAAGUUGUCAGUCUUCUUUUUUUUUUUUAAUCAUUACAGAGAAGGUAGGCAGAUUUUUUUUUUGUCAAUUCAUAAGCUAACCAUGCUUGAAAAUAAGGCCUCAGGAUGUUCUCAUGCAUUUUACUCUGGAAGGCUUUUUACUGUAAAUGCAUCAAAGAUAAAGUCUGUUGUUCAGACUUCAUUUUUCCAGGGUUAUUCAGAAACAAAUGCAAUUCUCUUUCCAUGUGAGAAUGCUGGUGUCAGCUGGCAUGUAUUUAUGGCCAGAUGAAGGAAGUUUGCUUUGAACCUGUUCUGGAUUUUUGAUGUCUCCUAGAAAUGUCACUCAGGGGCAUCAUUUAUGUCUUGUGCUUUCAGUGACAUCUUGUCAUCAGUUCAGGUGGCAUAACCCCAAACAGUUGUUUGCUGCUCCCACUGCCAUGUGAGCUGGUGGCCCUGGAUGCCACCUGUGCCCCCUGUUGCUGGUGGUGGGAGGGGCUUUUAGGAGGCAUGGGCUGCAUGUGCACUCAGUCCAGCCACACAAUUCACAUGUUUGCUUGACCUUAACCCCAUCCAGGUAUGCUCAAGUGCUCUGCUGAAGCAGAAUGGAGGAGAGGGAUGCUGAAAAGUAGCAGGCACUUCUACACCCAAACCUGCUCCUUGCACUUGGGGAGGAUUACAGAUCUCUGUGAGUGUGGAAUCUCACAGAUCUUUGUGAGUGUGGAAUCUCACAGGAAUCUCACAGAUCUCUGUGAGUGUGGAAAUGUGUGAGCUUGGCAGCUCUUUGCUCCCAAGUGAGUGUAUGAAUGCCUUCCUUGUCUGGCAGCCACUCUGUCCUCCUUGUACACUACCUGUAAUAUCUAAUGCUUACUUCUUUUUGAUAAGGCAGCCAAGCUGUUGCACUCAUAGUUACUACAAUGAAGUUAAUAGCUGUCAUGCUGACUAAGAGAGGUGGAAGUUGUAAUUUCUGUUGAUUCCCUUUC